AUGGAUGUUUUAGCUGGAAGAAAAACCGGUGGAUAUAUUGAGGGAAGUAUUACUAUCUCUGGAUAUCCAAAAAAGCAAGAAACAUUUGCUCGUAUAGCUGGAUAUUGUGAGCAAACUGAUAUUCACUCCCCUCAUGUCACUGUCUUUGAGUCCUUACAAUAUUCCGCGUGGCUUCGUUUACCUCCUGAAGUUGAUUCGGCAACCAGACAGAUGUUUGUUGAGGAGGUGAUGGAGCUAGUGGAGUUGGUUCCAUUAAGGGAAGCCCUUGUGGGAUUACCUGGAGUGAAUGGGCUUUCAACUGAGCAAAGAAAACGGUUGACAAUUGCGGUAGAGUUAGUGGCUAACCCGUCUAUAAUUUUCAUGGAUGAGCCGACAUCAGGACUUGAUGCAAGAGCAGCAGCCAUCGUUAUGAGAACAGUGAGAAACACGGUUGACACCGGUAGAACAGUGGUGUGUACUAUUCAUCAACCAAGUAUUGACAUCUUUGAUGCUUUUGAUGAGUUAUUUCUUUUGAAAAGAGGAGGUGAAGAAAUAUACGUUGGUCCAUUGGGACGACAUUCUUCUCACUUAAUCAAGUACUUUGAGGAAAUCGAUGGAGUGCAUAAAAUCAAAGAUGGUUACAAUCCGGCAACAUGGAUGUUAGAGGUGACAUCAGCAUCACAAGAAGCAAUUCUAGGGGUUAACUUUGCAGAAGUGUACAAAAACUCAGAACUAUACAAGUCAAACAAAGAAAUGAUAAAGGAAAGUAGCAAACCAAUACCCGGUUCUUCUGAUAUACAAUUUCACACUCAAUAUUCACAAUCUUUUUGGACACAAUGUAUGGCAUGUUUAUGGAAACAACAUUGGUCUUAUUGGAGAAACCCUCCGUACACUGCUGUGAGGUUCAUGUUUACAACUUUUAUAGCAUUGAUGUUUGGAACAAUCUUCUGGGAUAUGGGGUCCAAAAGGGAAAAGAAACAAGAUCUUUUCAAUGCUAUGGGUUCUAUGUAUGCUGCUAUACUUUUUAUUGGUGUACAAAAUGCCACAUCAGUGCAACCGGUUGUUUCUAUUGAAAGAACAGUUUUUUAUAGGGAAAGAGCAGCUGGGAUGUAUUCAGCUUUACCAUAUGCUUUUGGACAGGUUGUGAUUGAGAUCCCAUACAUUUUUGUUCAAACUAUUGUAUAUGGGAUCAUUGUAUAUGCAAUGAUUGGAUUCGAGUGGACAAUAGUCAAGUUCUUUUGGUAUCUUUUCUUCAUGUACUUCACCUUCUUGUACUUCACAUUCUAUGGAAUGAUGACAGUUGCAGUAACACCAAAUCACAACUUCGCUGCUAUCAUCUCAUCAGCAUUUUAUGCAAUAUGGAAUCUUUUUUCAGGAUUCAUUGUUCCAAAAACAAGGAUACCCAUAUGGUGGAGAUGGUAUUAUUAUAUAUGUCCGAUUGCAUGGACAUUAUACGGGUUAGUUGCUUCACAAUUUGGGGAUAUAACUGAUAGACUUGAUUCAGGUGAAACAGUUGGAGAGUUUAUCCAUGAUUUCUAUGGUUUUGAAUAUGAUUUUAUAAAAUAUGUCGCGGUGAUUAUUGUGGGAUUCACUGUUCUUUUUGGGUUCAUUUUUGCGUAUUCUAUCAAGGCGUUUAAUUUUCAAAGACGCUAGUGAAAAAGAAUCAAAAGAUCAUGAGGUUCAUCGAAGAUGAACUCAUAGGUAUCAGUUGUAUGUAAAUCAAGAAACUUGUAUCAUGUUUUAGCAUUCUAAUAGUUGAGUUGUAUGUCCUACUGAAUAGAGAGUGUUAUGAGUCGUUUGAUAAAUAUAUGUGGAAAUAGUAGAAUGUAUGUAUGUAUUCGAAAUGAAAAGAAGAAAUUUUGAG